UUGGGUAGUUAUUGGCUGGUCACCUGUUUUAUUUAUUUAAUCCGGGCCAGGCAGGGAAAAUAUGUCAGACAAGCAAAAUUUGUGGAUAUUUGGCUAUGGUUCUCUGAUAUGGAAGGUAAACUUUCCAUUUUUGAGGAAACUUCCUGGUUUCAUCGAAGGAUACGAGCGAAGAUUCUACCAGGGAAGCAGUGAUCACAGAGGUGUUCCAGAGAAGCCUGGAAGAGUGGUUACACUCCUGGAAAAUGCCGAGGAAAGAGUUUGGGGGAUUGCCUAUGAAAUUGCAGCAAAGGAUAUACCCAGUGUGAUUGACUACCUUGACUACAGAGAGAAGAAUGGCUACAAGGCAACAUGGGUAACAUUUCAUCCUCAAGAUACUUGCCAUCAUCCUUUUGAAACAAAGCUUUACAUUGCAACACCUCAGAAUGAAUUUUAUCUUGGACCUGCACCGUUAUCAGAGAUUGCAAACCAAAUUCUACACUCUAAGGGUCCUAGUGGGACAAACUCUGACUAUCUUCUAAACUUAGCUCAAGGCCUUCGGGACAUUUGUUCAGACAUAAAGGAUGAUCAUUUAUUUCAGCUGGAAAUCCUAGUGAGGAAGGGUUUAUCCAAUGCGGCUUCUAAUUGCCCUUUAUCUUAAUCAAUUCCUCUCUCUUAAAUUUUGCAAGACUGGCCUACAUAUUUUUAAAUUGACAUUGAUCCCCUAAAAAAUUUUGGAUGCCAGAUUCUUUUGAGCCACAGGCAACAAUUGAAAAGUAAGUUUUGAAAUGAAUGUUUCCCAAAUGCAUAUUAAGUAGUUUUUCAUACAUAGCACCAAAUGUGCAUUUACCCUCUAGUUGUUUGGUAUCUAUGUCUUUAAAAAAAGAUACAAAAACCAAGACUUUACGUGUCACUCCAGAGUAUAACAAAGGAGGGUGGGGUUCCUGAAAAUUUGGGCUUCAUAUGUGUGAAAGGAAAACUUCAAAUCUAUCUUCUUGUGUACAAGGUGUGAGGGAAAUUUUGAUGUUUUUUCACAAUGGAAAAAUUUCACAGGUCACAUACAUUUCAGGAGGCAAGUCACACCUCACUCUGGUACAUAAGUUCACAAAUCAUGCUCACCUUUUUGGUAAAAUUCAUGCAUCAUGCAUCAUAAGUCACAUAAAAACCCUCUGCCAUCCUCACUCCCAUCUGUAAUGAAAGAAUUUCUUGGUAACAGUUCUAGGAGUUGAAGAACCUCCUUUAAAAAUUUUGUUUACCCUUGAACCCUAACACAUACAUCCGUGUGUAUGUUCUCCAUACUACUCUCAGUACUUUUCUUAAGAGGCUGACAGGGAGAAUUUUUGUAUCAAUCAAGAGCUUCCUUAGUUGUUGAUUAUUUCCUUUAUUCUUGUGACCUUAAUGUGUGAUUGAGGGGUGGUAUGGUAAGGAGAAAUUAGGUGCUGGUCAAUCUGAGGGUUAAAGGGUUGAUAGAUAACAUUUAAAAAUUCCAAAGUACAUUGUAGGUAAAAAUUUUAAGACAAAUUUAGUUUGGAACACUUAAUUGAAACACUAGCUUGCAGCAUACCACACACAAUCUGUCACAAAGGUGUAAGUUUUUAAAUAUAAAAGGACAUUGUAUAUUGUGGCUGAUUAUUUAUUUUGUGUCUAUCUAUUUAUCACGUGUUAGGCACAUUUUUCAUAUUCUGAAAUCCUUGAAACUAUAGACAGAAUGUUGACAAGUUCAAAUUCAGCCUACAUUCAAGCAUUCCUAAUGACAACAAAUCAGCCAGGGCACUUUUUUUUUUUUCAUUCAAGGACGGUUCAUUUACAGGCUACAUUAACCCUUUCGCUCCCAAGAUUACAUUUUCUGUCUGCUAUACUAGUCUUAUAAUGUUAGUUUGGAGACUUUAAUGGAUCAAUUAAUCCUCAAAUUGAUUCUUUCUUCAUUCUCAUCACUAAUGUCUGCAUGUUAUUAUAGGGGUAUUGUAAGGAGAAAUUCUAUCUUGCUCACUUAUGGGAGUUAAAGGGUUAACUGAGAUGAACUUAACAGAUUGAGUUUGAUAUUUAAUUAUUUAUUGUCAAUUGAAUUUUAUUGAAUACCUAUAUUUUAUCACAGAGUGAGUCUUACAGUUAUGUUAUGAUUAGCAUUCCUGAUAAUUUGGAAAGACACCAAAUCACAUGAUUAUUUUAAAAGAUGUAACAUAAUUGCCAUCUGGAAUGUUUGUAUGUGAAAAAGGUAGUCCAAUAAAGCUUUUAACUGCUGU